AUAGUAACUGAGAAGCAGUAGGCCGGUUCCUCUUCAUAACUCCUGCAUUUCAGCUAUCUGCUCACAGAAGAAACUAGUUCCUCUAUUUUCUCUUAGCAGUUGGCACUUGACAAAAUGGCUAUCUUCCAAACCGAACCUAAUAAGAAGCAAGCAAGCCGGGGAGGACGCCGUGCUGUACUAUUCGUUUAUGCAACUGAGGGACUGGAAAACAUGGCAUUCAUAGCGAAUGCUUUGAGCCUGGUAACAUACUUCUAUGGAUAUAUGAACAUGAGCAUGACAAAGUCUGCAACCACUCUCACCAACUUCAUGGGGACUGCAUUCCUACUCACCCUCGUUGGUGGAUACGUCUCCGAUACCUACUGGUCACGAUUCAAAACCUGUCUCAUCUUCAUUCUAAUUGAAUUGAUGGGAUAUGUCAUUUUAACUGUGCAAGCACAUUUCCCUCAACUGAGACCAACUCCGUGCAAAUUAGGUGUUGCAGAACCUCACUGCGAGGCGGCGGACAGAGGCCAACUUGCUCUCCUCUACACUGGACUCUAUCUGAUUGCACUCGGCACCAGCGGGGUUAAAUCUGCUUUACCGGCGCUGGGAGCUGAUCAGUUCGAUAAAAAUGACCCUAAGCAGGCAGGCCAACUGUCAAGCUUCUUCAACUGGUUCUUGUUCAGCCUCACCAUUGGUGCUAUAUUUGGCGUCACUUUCGUGGUCUGGAUUGGUGCCAACCAUGGCUGGGACUUGGCCUUUGGGGUGAGCGCAGUGGCUGUCCUUUUCGCACUGCUCUCACUAUGUAUGGGCAAAUCAGUCUACCGCAACAAUAAAUUUAAUCCAAAGGGAAGCCCCCUCUCAAGUAUAUUACAGGUUUUAGUGGCCUCAAUCCGAAACCGAAAGCUUCCAAUUCCAGAGAAAGCAGAGGACUUGCAUGAGAUCCAUGACAAAGAAGCAGGGGAAGAACAUGAAUAUAUUCAGAGAACAGAGCAAUUCAGAUUCUUGGACCGGGCAGCCGUCAAUUGUUGCCCUACUAUAGAAGGUUCCUCAACAUCUACAAACCCAGGAGCCUGGAGACUGUGCACAGUGACACAAGUUGAAGAAGUAAAGCUCCUAAUCCGAAUGCUUCCAAUCAUACUCAGUACUGUCUUCAUGAACACAUGCAUUGCUCAACUCCAAACUUUCUCCAUCCAACAAAGCAUGACCAUGGACAGACAUCUCAUCGGCUUCAAAAUCCCCGGACCAUCCAUCCCAGUCAUCCCUCUGCUCUUCAUGUUCUUCCUCAUCCCAUUUUACGACCGAGUGAUGGUCCCACUCCUCCGGAAAAUCACCGGAAUUCCCACCGGCAUUCGCCACCUACAGCGUAUUGCAGUUGGUCUCGUGCUCUCCUGUAUAUCAAUGGCUAUAGCAGGAGUGGUAGAGACUCGGCGCAUUUCAGUGGCCGUUAAACACAACAUGGUCGACUCUGGAGAGCCUCUGCCAAUGAGUGUGUUUUGGCUUGGUUUCCAAUAUGCCAUAUUUGGGGCAGCAGACAUGUUCACAUUGGUUGGUCUUUUGGAGUUCUUCUAUGCUGAGAGCGCGGCAGGGAUGAAGUCGCUCGGCACAGCCAUCUCGUGGUGUUCGAUUGCGUUCGGGUAUUUCUUGAGCUCGGUGGUGGUGGAAACGGUGAACAAAGUGAGCGGAGGGUGGUUGGGAAGCAAUAAUCUCAACAGAGACAAGUUGAACUACUUCUAUUGGUUGCUGUCAGGGCUCAGUGUGAUUAACUUAGGGGCUUAUUUGCUCUGUGCAUGGUGGUACAAGUACAAAAAGGUUGAAGUAGUGGUGCUGAAGAAGCAAGAUGGUUCCAAUGGUAGCGCUGAAAUGAUCAAAGCCUAA